UUCACUGCCAUACCGAGAAUUCCUUAGAAAGCUACGGCGGUCGAAAGCAAACGCUGACAACAAAAACAAAACACGUUCGGUCUCCGUACGCGGCAGCCGCUCGGAGAGUGCGUCGGCACCGUUCCUCGGGACUAGUUUUCCUAACCUAAAUUUCGGGAGCCGCUAAUUCCUGCCAGGUGGACCGGGGCGUAAGUGUCCACUAUAGGUCCAGUUCUUGUCGCUUUCGCGCUGGCGUGGCAGCGAUGUGCAACGUGUAUUUCGCGCGACUGGCAAGCUGCUUCACUGUGCAGAAUGUGAGCGACACGCCGAGCGGCAGUAUGGAGGAUGUGGCCUCAACACAGACAGCGCUAACUCCAUGUUCAAUAUGUGGGAGAACGUUUCGUCCUGAUGCUUUGGCACGGCAUGAGCAAGUAUGCCUGAAAGCGAAAUCCAAGCCCCGCAAAGUUUUUGAUUCUUCAAAGCAAAGGAUUGAAGGAACAGAAAUCAAGAAUGCACCCAAGCGUCCCUCUCCUACACCAAAGCCAAAGCCGAAGCCCAGGGCGAACUGGAAAGAGAAGCACGAGGAGCUCAUCCGGACAAUUCGCGCCGCGCGGGGUGAGGACGUCGGGCCGUCAACUGACGCAGCUUCAAAUGGCAGCCGGCCAGCAGUGCCUGCAGGAUAUGUCGAGUGCCCCAGCUGCAAUCGCAACUUCAGCGACCGUGCAGCUGAUCGACACAUUGCGUGGUGCCAAGAGAAAAAGAAUCGGAUACCUAAGAGUCCAGCCAGCGCUGAGGCCGUGGAAAGGCUCAAGGCAAGGACUAAGUAUAAGGUCCCGACACCAGGCAAGAAGAAUGGUACUGUGAGCCCUUCAGGUUCUCAGGGUUCAAAGGAUGGAGGCAGUGGGAGUAGAGUUGCGGUCAACCGAAACCACCAGAGGACCAAGUCAUCUCCAUCGACACUUGAUACCAAUGGGACAACUACAAACAAGGCAAAGAAGCCAACUAUAAGCCGUCGAGUGAAACCGCUACCAGCUCCUGUGAAGCCGAAGCCGCUCAAGCCAGGAAGCGUCAUGAAGUUCAAGGAAAAGUUUCCAAACCACGUCAGUAGCCCAUAUAGGUAUCCUUCUGAUGACAGCUAUGAUCCAUACAAGAAGGCAGACAUGCAAAUGCGAGAACUGAUGCAAGGCUCCAAUCUGUCACUCAAGAAACCCAGGACAGUUCCAGGGGUGCGAACAGGUGGUUUAAGUAGCAACAGCAUAAAUGGAAACCUGAGUGACUCCAACAGCUUCACGAGCACCAACAGUGGAUCUGAAAACAAGCUGGAUGAAGAGAUGAACUACCUCAAUGCGAAGUUUGCCGAGCUCUCAAGGCCAGGAUUUACGGGGGAGUUCACAAACAACUGGGCCAAGCGGAUGAACGACAAUGCUGUGGCAACACUCUCUAUUAGUGACCAUGAUGUUCAAGUCAGCAGCAGUGGCAGCGACGGUUCGUUGCAGGGUCUGGGGCACGGCCUGGAGACCAAAGUUCCUUACCUGUGUCACCAGUGCGGCACCUUGUACCCAGUUAACGCAGCCAAGUACUGUUGUGAAUGUGGGGCCAGGAGGCUCGGUUAUAUCAGCCUGUAUGCAUAACGACGAGUUGUCCGAAUGCAUGGGUGCAAGUUGGGACUGGUCAUGACUGCCCUUGAAUGUGCAGUGUAGAAUAUGGAGGCAGACGCUGUCGAAAUCAUCAGUUGCUCCCUGUGACUCAGAGGCUGUAUUCCAUCUGGCCACACCACACAGGAAUGAUUAUUUCCUUUCUCUCUCAUUUACAUAGGGAACUUGCUAAAUGCCCAUUUUGGGAUCCUGAUGAAACAACUUGCGACCUGGCAACAUGUCAGACAUUGAAUGAAAGAAGUGGAGAUGCCAAAAUUUUACCUUUCAUCUCUUCACUUCCUUAAAUGUAAUAGAAAUGUCAUUCAAAAUCAUGGAGCAUAAGGUCAAGAUCCAAAAUGCAAGUGAGGUUUUUGUUGUGACACCUCUUUCUGUUCUUGUUUUCUGGAAGCAAGUUGCUCAAGAUGAUAUCAAUCUGGAUUGUGAAUUGCUAUGUUGAAAACAUUUGGCAGCUGAAGUGUCAUCUUAGUUUGCCUCUACAAACAGUAGUGCUGUAGCGUGCACUUUACAUUUCCCUAACCAGUGACAUUAACACUUGCUACAUUUAAUAUUAGUGUUUGAUAGCUUCAGAAUGCAAGAUUAUCACUAUCGAAAAAUAAAUUGUUCAUUUAAUCACUUCUCA